CAUCGUUCGAGGUCUCCAUUUCAACAUUCUCCAUCUCCAAAAAAAAGAAAAAAACAUUCACCAACUUUAUUCCCUUCACUAAUUGUCGUUUUGUCGCAUGAACUGCUUUCUUUUUCUUCUUGUUUAGACAAGGUGAUAUUCCAAUUUAUUUGGAAUGGCCUCAUAGAUAAUCAUGGCAUUCUUUGUCGGCGGCGAGCCAGGCCUUCAACGUCUCUUUAUUCCUGGAGUUUGCCUUCUCAUCGCAUUCUUGGCCUACACAUCGCAAUGGCUGUUCGCUAAUUCACCAGACUUGAGCCCCGGUCCCCUCACCACCGCCGAGAAGUACACUUUCAACACCCUCCUCGGCUGUCUUUGGUACACGUACUACAAGGCUUGCACCGUCGAUCCCGGCCGAUAUGUCUACCCGCCGAGUCUCAAGAAGAAGUACAAGCAAGAUGCCGAAGAGGGCUAUCUAGGAAGAGGAGGUCCAACAACACGCUGGUGUAAGAAGUGUAUAGCGCCUAAGCCUCCCCGCGCCCACCAUUGCAAAACCUGUCGCCGCUGUAUUCCCAAGAUGGACCACCAUUGUCCUUGGACCGGCAAUUGCGUCUCGCUACAAACCUUUCCCCAUUUCAUGCGCUUUCUCUUGUACACCAACCUUUCGCUUUGGAUGCUCCUCUACCUCCAGUCGAUGCGUUUCAUCGCCCUCUACGAGUCCCGUCACCUUCCCGCAUACCUCGGCCCGACACUCACGCAACUUGCAAUGUUGACCGUCCUUACCUUGGUAGCCGGCAUGACAAGCCUCGCCCUGGGUAUCCUACUCCUCACAACCCUCAAAGGCCUAAUCUUCAAUACCACCACAAUUGAGAGUUGGGAGAUCGAGCGCCACGAAUCAGCCCUAGAGCGACGCUACGCCUCCUCAUCCGACGGCUCGACCGACUCCUGGUGGCUAUCCAACGAGCGCGCGCCCGGCGGUGACAUCUCCGCCCCACACCUCGCCCUCGAGCCCGUCGAGUUCCCCUACGACAUCGGCAUAUUCACGAACAUCGCCGCCGGAAUGGGCACCCGCAACUUCCUCCUCUGGGCCUUCCCCUUCGCCGGAAACCCCACCGUCGCCCCCCACAACGGCGAGGGCGGCGGGAUGGAGGGAACAGGCUGGGCGUACGAGGAAAACUGCCUCAACGAUCGCGAGGGCAUGUGGCCGCCUGUCGAUCCGGAAAAGAUCCGUAACGAGCGCAUGUGGCGUGCGCGCGCACGCGAUGCCGAUGGCGAGAUCGUGCUCAGUCAGAACAAGGAGGACUUCCUACGCCGCCAGCAGCAGGCGCAGUUAUCGCGACUGGCGUUCUCGCGCUCGCGCAUGCUGGAGGAGUUGGAGGAGGUUCGGCCUGAGUACAGUGGUAGUGGUAGCGGCAGUGGUAGUGGUAGCAGUACUCGCCAGCGUGUCACCAAUAUCGGUGGUAGGAAGAAGACAAAGAAAUCAUCAGGCUGGACGAACGCCGAUGGCGAGCGCCUGGCUGACUUUGGAGUCGACUCGGGCGAAGAGCUGGAUUACGAGGACGAUGACGAUGUGCCGCUUGCGCAGCUUAUUAGGAAGCGUAAGAGGCGUGUGUAUAAUGAUGAUUAUGAGGAGUGAGGAGUGAGGAGUGAAAAGGGUAUGUGAUGUGACGUUGGUCUGGUGUUGGUGUUGUACAUGAGGGUACUGUACAUGAGUGAAGGGUUGGUACUUACGUACCUACUGCUUAUACGUGCCUGUACUUGCCUAUACAUACGUAUAGUAUUACGCGACUGGUAAAAGGUUCUACAAGUUCAACUGCAUUAAGAAUGCUGUAAUCAGUGGUCGUGAAAUCGGGGUUAGGUAACGAAUGAGGAGGACUGCGACAAUGAACAAGGAACUAGUCUAACCUACAUAAUUAAAUGCCUACCCUAGUUUGGGUAGGUUGGUUGGUUGGUGGAUGAAUGAAUAGGUAGACAAAUCACUUAAUGAGACAAGAACCAUAACAAGAACAAGAAC